AUGCCUGCACAGUCAACAGAACAGAGCUUCCGGGACAACCUCGCGGGGUUCCGCUGGGCACGCGGCAACAACGACGACUCGCAGGCCACCCCAGUCGCGAACGCCAAUCCCUUCUCGCGAUUCUACAACGCCAUUGGAAAUGGCUACGUGCCGCUGCGCUCGACGGAGCGUUCAAAUGAGGAGGAGGCCUACUUUGCGCUCUCGAGAUGGGAGAGGUUAUUGGGCUUCGGAGCGUGUCUCCUCGGGGCCGCUGUGUGUUUCUUCGUUGCGUUCUUGACUCUGCCAUGGAUUGCGCUACGCCCGGCGAAGUUCGCGCUCGCGUUCAGCUUGGGGAGUUUGCUCGUGAUGUUUGGUUUCGCGGUUCUCAUCGGCCCGCUAAAUCACCUCAAGCACCUCUUCUCGAAAGAGAGGAUACCAUUCUCUUGCGCGUACCUCGCGAGCUUGGGGCUCACACUGUAUUUCUCCCUGGGGCCCCACUCAUAUCUGGGGUCCCUCAUCUGCGCCAUCGUCCAGGUUGUGGCACUGCUUUCAUACAUAGCCGCGUAUUUCCCCGGCGGCACGCAGACGCUGCGCUUCGGCGGCCAGAUGGCGCUGCGCGGUGCUGGCAGCCUACUUCCCUUCUAG